AUGGCGUCCUUUCUCCAACUCCUCUUCCUAACCGUUUCAAUCCACACCAUAUCCAUAACCGCUCUAUCAUCAACAAACAACACAGGAAUCUGCUCCUCAAACAACACCAUCUUCGAUCCCUCCACCCACAAACUCGUAUCCCAAUGUUCCGACCACACCUUCUGCUCCGCACCAAUCAACGGAAUGUGUAUCCCCCGCCUAUGCAGACGCGACGAGUUCCCAUUCGGAUACGGUCCCAGUGAAGCACCGCCACCCCUCUGUCCGCAAGGAUUCUUCUGCCCAGACGACGGUAGUGGAUGUCUGCCUUUGGUUAGCGUAGGCGCGCCCUGUGAGCCGAACCGCGACGAACAGUGUUCGCCUCCGUUGGAUUGGCAGGACUUGGCGAGUUUUCAGAAUUAUAAUGGUUCGAUUUGUUUGAAGUCGACUUGCAUGUGCGUGAAAGUUUGGCUUUCGUCGUUGAUGCAUUGUGUGUUGAGACAAGUCACCUGCAGGUAUGCUAACAUCACACUCGGGCAGAACUGCAUCGUAGAUAACACGACUUACACCGAUACCGGUCCAAAUGGCGAGCAAUACAUGUUCACCGUCACGAGGGAUAACUGCCGCUCGCCUCAAUUCUACUGCGAUCCGGGGUCUUCGGCCUGUCAACGGGCUAAAGCAGUAGGGGUGGCAUGUCAGCUUGACUCUGAAUGCGAAGAGCGAAAUUGCAACUCGGCGAAAGUCUGUGUAGAACCUCCAGAGACGCCCCUACGCGUAGCACCGUGGCAGUGGGGGCUGACGAUUGGGUCAAUACUUGCAGCCAUGGUCGUGAUAUGCAUCCUACUCACCCUCAUCCAUCGGCGACACCGGUAUGCUCGCUAUAAGGAGUUGCAGGAAUACUAUCAUGAUCAGAUAGGGUAUGUGUCCUCCAUAUCAGCUCCUUCGUAUCAAUGGGCUCAUCAAGAACGAACGUAG